CUAUAACAAGAAGGAUGUUUUACCGGCCAGCAAUUCAUUAAGAUCGACAAGAAAAACAAUCAAAUGAAAAUUAAUUGCAACUUUACUGACUCCGUCAUGGAAGACAAGGCAAAUGGUUCUCUUGACACCAAAAGCUUUGCUUGCUUCCUGCGCACUGUUGCUGUGAUGUUUCCUGAGGGGCUGUCAAGGGGAAGAAGAACCUGGGAAAAAACAAAAUUGAUUUGCUCAACAAAUAAUCUCACAAUACAUUUCUGAUGCUGCUAUUUCCUGUCAGAAUGAAGAUGGCCAGCCUGUCGACUGGUUCAUCAUCUACAAGCUGCCAAAAUACAAGAUCGGUGAGGUGGGUAGUGGGGUGGAUUACAUGUACCUGGACCCCUCCAUAGGAACCUGGCAAUUUAGUAAAUUCAUGGUUAACACCAGUCAAGGAGCAAUUGGAAACACCCUCAAUCAGCUAUACGACAAAGCCAUUUAUAAGCCUAGUAACUCUGUUUAUGUCCUCUACAAUGAUUCACCACCACUCCUCAAAUACAUCAAAGGAUAUGGACACACAAAAGGAGUGCUCCUAUUUGACCAUUUGCAAGGAUUCUGGCUUUCCCAUAGCAUUCCCCAUUUUCCCUCAUUCCCAGAGAUGGGUUAUCUGUACCCAUCCUCUGGCAAAGUCAAUGGCCAGACUGCUUAUUGUGUGAGCCUCCCCUAUGACCAAUUCCAUCGUAUCACACAGCAUCUUGUAUAUCUUUUUCCACGGUUCUACAAUUGUUCAGUGCCCUCUCCAUUUGCUACCAAACUGCCUCAGCUGGCCCAGUUAUGUGCUGGCGAGAGGCCAGAAGCACCUCUGGAUAAAGGAAGGGACCAACUCUUCUCCCUGAAGGGAGAGAUGUUAUUCACUUUUGCCAAAUCUGAACGUUUUGUGGAUGACAUCUACACUGGCUGGGUGGCUCAGGUCCUGAAUGUGGACUUGAUGGCUGAGACCUGGCAGAGACAAGGACACGAACUGCCUUCCAAUUGCUCCCUGCCCAAUCAUGUCAUGAACAUCAAGAGGAUUCAUCUUCCUGAAUCAGACGCAUUCAAUUCUAAGUACGAUCACGCCAAAUGGUGCACAUCGUGGGAGUUUCAGAAUAAAGUGACCUGCUUAGGGGACCUGAACAGGGAGGUAUCCCAAAUGUGGCGCGGUGGCGGGCUUUUGUGCUCACACAACCCUUUGAUUUACAAGGCUUUCAGACAGUCAGUGGACUGGUACAUUGGAUGCUAAAAGAAAGACUGUUUUUGUAUUGUUACUACAAAGGGAUGGGCAUUUGACUCCAUUUCAUUGUUCACCUAUAGGAAUUAUCAAUUCAACAAGGAAUCAGUUAAUUAAAUCAUCACUUUUCUACUGUUAAUUUGUUCAGUUAAUUGAUAGUUUCCAAAAUGAUUUUUAUGGGAUGAAUACAAUUCACAAAAUGUUGUGAACAUUAUUAUUCCAUUAUGUGUUUGUUAGCCUCCCUGUUUUAUUUUGGCCAGAAGCACCUCUGCUUUUGCGGUCACUUUAUUUUUACCUCAUUUGCCAUGUUUUUGGCAAUUUGGAAUUUUAACAAAGAACUCUCCAGUCAAAAACCAAAGUCCUAUGUGUCAUUUACAGCUCCAAAUUAAAUAUACAAUCAUUGAAAGAGAUUUACCAGUGCCUUGUCGUUAAGAAAGUGUGAACAUAGUAAUAUUGCUUGGCUAUUAAAUCUUUCUACGGAAUAAAUAAAACACAUGACUUGUUGAUUUAAUUAGUAAUUACUAGCAAGGAAAGAAGCAACAGUGUUGCGUCUGACCCUGGGGCAGUUCCAGAAAAGUCAUACUGUCCCACAAACAGUGCAACAAGCCACUCAACUCAAUUAAAUUUGCUGCCAAACUGUUAUUUAAAUACUUUUUGUCAACCAGAAAUGAUCACAUGUGUUUCAAAGGCUGGCUGAAGAUAGACUUAGAAAUUGACAAUAAGGAAUACCAGGUUGUGUGGUAAAAAAUGACAGAAGAACAGUGCAACUUGGCAUUUUGGUUUUGGACCGUGGACAUUUGUAGACACCUUUAAACCACCAUAUCACCUGCGCGACGAGUACAAUGCAUAGAACAGUAUUCAGAUGAUCACUUCUGACACAAUAUCAGUCAGUACUGGUCACAAAAUGGUAUUGUAGCCAGGCUUAAGAGAACAUUUCGAGACAAGGG